AUGACAAGACUUUUCCAACCUGCCAAGAAUGAGGUCGCGGAGCGUGCCAUGCAAGCGCUGCAAAGAAUUAGGCAUCGCGCUUGCAGCACUCUGCAAGAGCUGCAUGAUGUUUGCACAGAGUUGGCGGGCCGAGCGGUUCUUGGCGGACCCCUGCCUGGAUUGCUGGUCAUAGACAGCGUGGCAUCCGUAGCCCGUACGGAUGGUACUGGGGAUCGUCGGACGCAGAUACCCCGUCGGCAGGCUCUCCUCAGCAGCCUCGCGAGCCAGCUCAAGGUCUUGGUGGCCCGGCCAAGACAGCGCCGCUCGCAGGAGCCACCUCGGACUGUGUCACCAGGCAUCGUCGUGACCAACCAAGUCAUGGGGGAUCCCUCCGCUGGAAUUAGUCGAGUUACUCUGGGCCACGUAUGGCACCACUCUGUCAACUGGCGGCUGGUGCUCAGCCACCUACCACCAGGAUCUGCCGGAGGUCUCGGAAGCAAGGAGCAAGCAGCUCCCUUCGGCCGCCGAUAUUUGGUCGUUGAGAAGAGUCCUUGCUUCAAGCCCAUAGCCGUGCCGUUUGCCAUCAACGAAGGUGGCCUCCGUGAGUUGGCCACUGAACACGCGGGCGCGGCAGCAUGA